AGCUUUGUACACACCAGCCUCGUUUUAGUAGUUAACCGGAAAAAAAAUCGUCUGCCAGCAGUCCAGUAAUACAAGUUCGUGGCACUACACUGAGUGGGAGUGAUCUUCCCUUUGGAGUCAAAGUUCGUCUUUUUGCGAUGCUUGACUGAGCUUGAGAUCGAGACCGGGGGCUUCAUUUGUUCACCAGCAGACGGCUAUCUCACCUGUCCGGAAAGGGAAAGGUGGUGAAGGGAGACGCUUUAUUCAUGCUGUGUUCUAGAAACCUUGAACCUCUUUAUGACAGUCUCAUCGGUCAUCAUGCUCUGCACUAUACUUUUUACUUCAAUGAGAAAGGCAAGAAAAUCACAUCAUUCGUAAACAGUGAUCGAUGUUUAGAUGUGUCAUCUGGGGUACAGAAAAGAUCGUCACUUUAUGCUCUCUUAAGAUAAGCAAAGUCCAGGUAAACAUGAGAAGCAGAGUUUGUGUCUGCUGAGUGUGAUGAUAAUGAAGCCAGGAAACUGAGCGCCUCUGAUCUACUGUUUGUUUUCAUUUCGUUUACUUUAUCAUCAGCGGGACGAAACCAUCGAUGCAUGACGUAGGGACAAGGAAGACACGAGUGGCUUGACACAUGUAGCAAGUGUAUUACAAGUCACCUACCAACCCACAUCAUGAGAGAAAACUCAUCCCCUCGAGCUAUCUUCACCAAAGCAAGAAGAUAUAACUCAGCGUUACUCCGAAAACUUGGAAGAUAUCUGACGACCGACAAAAACACCCGGAUGUGGAGCUUGUUUGUUUUAUUCCUCCUAGCGCUGUGUCUACAAGUGAUCUCUUUCUCUGCCAUGUACAGGUAUGUCUACUACAGCUUAUUUAUUUAUUGCUAUGUACACGUAUGUCUACGACAGGUGAUCUCUGUCUCUGCCAUGUACAGGUAUGUCUACUACAGUGCAGCAGGAAAGGCCUCACCCUCCGCCCCGCACCUUUGCCAAGAGCAGUCUGCAUCCAGGUGUGAGACGUUUGGCGCCAGCAGAAGCUCGGUGGAGGAAAUUCUCCGCUGGAGCGGAACCGACAUCCCUGAGGGACACCCACACUGGCAGCGGGUGGACAAUGCCAGUGGUGCCUUUGUCUACUCGGCGCACUUCCAGGACCAACGGGCAGACGCCAUUGUGAAGGUGGUGGGCAUCGCUCGACACCCACUCCCCUACUCGCGAGUCUGGUGUCGCUACUUCACCUCGGGCCACCCUGUCACACCCCUGUACUCUGUGCGGGGCAGGAUGUACCACUUUCGAUCCCCAAACAAGAGACGGUACCUCGGGGCGUACGUCGACUGCCCUGUCCACGCGGCGCGCCAUGUUGUGCCGUACGCGGUGUCCGUGGACAAGGACCAGGUCGUUGUCAGAAAUAACUUCCUGAUCAUCCAUUACAGCGACCUCCACAACCUCACUGCCAGCAGCUGCCACGACACCGAUGGUGGCGCCCUGGGUGACAGGCGCUGUCUCCACGUUCGACAUGAGGCUGGGCGGGGGACGUACGACAAAAGUGAUGGUCACGUGACCAGGUGGAACGUCACCCGCUGCACGCCGGCGCUUCAUAAUGGAUUCAACAACCACACCCGCCUGCUGGAGAUGGUGGCCGUCAGCACAUCCCUGGGGGUCGACCACUUUGUCUUCUACGUCGAGUCUAUUGGUCCUGAUGUCAGCAAAGCACUGAUGGCUCUAAAGCGCUUGGGGUUGGCAGAAGUUCUUCCGUGGAACGUGCACAUGGAGGAUGAGGACCUGUUCUACAAAGGUCAGUUCCCGGCUAUCCAGGAUUGCCUGUACCGACACCUGCACACCUCUCGCUAUCUGCUCUUCGGUGACGUGGACGAGGUGUUCGUACCCAGGUCACACGCUUCGCUCCUCUCUCUCCUCGACCAUUACGUCACACAGAAUCCCGCCUGCGGUGCUUUUCUGUUCCUGAACACAUUUUUCUACCUGGACUUUCGAACAGAAAGUCCACCCGCAUCCGACACUGCAGCAGCGCAGUACGUCGCGCAUCACAGGGUGGAUCUCCUUCUCCACACCCGGCGUCAGCGCCGCAUCUUCCCACCCCGGGUGCGCUCUAAGCCCGCGGUGCGCCCGGGGAGGGUGGAGACUGGAAGUGUGCACUUCAUCCAAAAAUUCCGCAGGAACUACACGCUGUGCGUCGUGAAUAAAAGUGAUGGACUUCUUCACCAUUACAGGUACCAUGGAAGGUUCCCCAGUACCCGAAACACCGUCGUAGACUCAUUUUUGUGGAGGCACGUUGAGAAAAUUGUACAAGAGCUGCAAAGAUUGACUUUGACUUUCAACCAGACGAUUGAGCUGACUGAGAGCUUAGAGUUUAUUUCAACUUCAUUCAAAACUGAAAAUGAACAGCUAACAACGCAAACAAGAGAUGUGUAAUUUCCAUUUCUUAUUAACUGCUUUUGAAAGUGCAUGGUUAGUAAGAGUAAAGCAAGGUAGGUAAAGGUCAUGUUUUUCAUGUUGUUGGGGACCCCACGUUU